AUGACAGAAUUCUCAGUUUCGGUUCGCGAGAUGCAGGAAACGUACAAGGUGUUGGAGUUUCAGCAAAGGAAAUGCAGCGUCAUAUUUGACCUAUCAUGCAAUCUUGCUAGGGUGUUGGAGUUUUGUACCCAUGAGAUCCCUCAAGCAUUUCUCUCUGGAGCAGAUACAAAUUUGCGAAGGCUGACUGAAGUUAUCGUCUUUAUACUAAACCACUUAAUUUCUGCAGCUGAUCCUGAUCUUUUAGACCUAUUCCUAAGGCGUCCAGGUCAGUCCCCAGAGAAAGUCAAUAAAGGGAUGAUUUUAGCACCCCUUGCUGGAAUCAUUCUUAAUUUGAUGGAUGCUAGCAGGGAUUCAGAAACUGGACAGAAUGACAUGGUUGGGAUUUUUGCCAGUAUGGACUGCCCUGAUACUGUAGUCUCUGGAUUUCAGUAUCUUUUGGAGUACAAUUGGGCUAGCUUAUUCAGGGGAGAUGAUUAUCUAAAGAAAAUCAGGCAACUGGAGAAAUUUUCAAGUCUGCUAAUCUGUCAGUCAGAGGUGGUAGAACUUGAGAGAAUAGGAUAUGGGCGCGAAACAGAUUAUGAUGACAGCAUCUGCUGCAUCUGUUAUGCAUGUCAAGCAAAUGCUCAAUUUGUGCCCUGUUCUCAUGUUUCUUGCUUAGGCUGCAUUUCCAGACACCUCCUGAAUUGUGAGAGAUGCUUCUUUUGCAAUGCAACAGUUUUAGAAGUUCUCAGGACUGAUGUAAAUGCAGAUUGAGGUCAUUUCUCGAACUUGGAAGAGCAAGGACGGACUAGUAGGUGGUUUUCUUUUUCCUGGUGAUUGGUAACUGGAACAGUGAUUAGACAUAGGCUAGUACUCAGCUGUCAGCUGAGGGCUCUGAGCUGUGAAUUUUGCUCGAUGAGUCCCAUAGAGAUGCAAGAAAGAUCGUAGUAUAAGGCGUAUACCUUCAGGUAAGUUAUUUUUUAGGGUCUACAAUUUAGAAUAGAAGUCAUAAGCUUGGUAUAUAUCUACCAGAGAAGAUGGAAUGGUAGGGCAGCGUCGCUCUGGGUAAAAGUUUUUGUAGUGAAGGCAAGGGCAUUGUUUUGUGAAUAUAUGAGGUGUCAAUUUGAAGAUCAUCUUUUUCUUUAGUUCAA